AUGUCUCGUUCAUUCCUAGUUGACACUCUUAUUAGUGAUACAAAAGAUAGGAAACCAGAAAUGUCUAGUGACCCAUUGAAUUCGUAUACCAGUUUAAUGGCGCAUCAUCUCGAUGCUCGACCAAAGUUUAUACCAUACUCGUAUCCGGGAAACUUGAAUAAUCUGCUAACUCUUGGAUUGCAACACCAGCAGCGAUCUCCAGACUUGUUCCGACCUUUCCUGGAGCAUUUGAACUUUCGGUAUCCUCUUCUACACCAGUUACCACGGCAACCAGAAUUUUUCGAUCCAAUUCAAAGCGAGCGAAGACCAUUUGAAGGUUAUGUGAAGACUGAAGAACAAGAACCUAUAAACUUUGUAAGCAAGAGAAAGAAGUCUGUAUCCCCAUACCUGCAUCAUCCCUAUAAAUCGACUGCAAUAUCGCCAUCGAAGAGUCAAGGUCAGAGAUCACCGUCUUUAUCAAGUGAAAGCCGAAAUGGAACUCCGAGUCCUCCUCUAGCGCACCCAGAAGAACUUCUCCCAGGAUUUUCUAAAGAUCUAAAACGUCUUCCUUUAAAAGAAGACUCAAGUAAACGCAUCAGAACUGCCUUCACAGGAACACAACUUCUGGAACUAGAAAGAGAAUUCUCAAUGAACAUGUAUCUAUCGAGACUGAGGAGAAUCGAGAUCGCUUCCAGGCUGAAGCUAUCGGAGAAACAAGUGAAAAUCUGGUUCCAGAACCGCCGCGUUAAGUUGAAGAAGGAAGAAACUCCGGUGGGCUCCAGCGAUGGUAGAACUAAAAAGUGUUGCUGCACAAAGUCCACGUGUUCUAAAAGCCAGUCCGAGUCUCCCUGUGAUAAUGAUCAAGAACAUAUAGAUGUAGUAAGUGAUAACGACACGAGUUUUGAAUCGCAGAAUUUAUUAUCUUAUCGGUAA